CUUUUCGAUGAUAAGGAGCUGAGAGCAACAGCAGACAGGAUGAGUUGGUCAGCACUUUAUGCCCAGCUGGGAGGGGUAAAUAAACACUCCACCAGCUUGGGAAAGAUUUGGCUGUCUGUCCUCUUCAUCUUCCGCAUUAGCAUCCUUGUGAUAGCUGCUGAAAAGGUCUGGGGGGACGAGCAGUCCGGCUUCACCUGUAACACACAACAGCCAGGCUGCAAAAAUGUCUGCUACGACCACUUCUUUCCAGUCUCACACAUCCGUUUCUGGUGCCUGCAGCUCAUCUUUGUGUCUACACCGGCUCUGCUGGUGGCUAUGCAUGUGGCAUAUAGCAAACGCAAUGUAAAGAAUGGACUUUUGGCCAACCGAGGUGGCAGAGUCAAAGGGGGUGACCUGGAGAGCUUGAAGAAGAGGCGUCUACCCAUCAUUGGGCCGCUGUGGUGGACCUACACCUCAAGCCUGUUCUUCCGGAUCCUUUUCGAGGCAGGAUUCAUGUAUGCUCUGUAUUAUGUCUACGAUGGGUUUCAGAUGCCUAGUCUGGUGAAGUGUGAGCAGUGGCCCUGUCCCAAUAAAGUUGACUGCUUUAUCUCACGACCAACAGAGAAGACAGUCUUCACCAUUUUCAUGGUGGGUUCUUCUGCCGUUUGCAUUGUGCUCAAUGUGGCUGAACUGGCCUACCUGAUGGUCAAAGCACUGCUGAGGUGCUCAGCCAAAGCCAAAGGAAGCCGUGCUUUUGAUUACCAAGACAAAAUGUCCACAGAAAAGGCGCACUUACAGAAUGAAAAGAAUGCAAAGUUGAUGUCAUCUGCUUCGGACUCAUUAAGCAAUAAGACUGUUUAAGAUUAUCCCUACGUUCAGUGACUAAUUCUACCAACAUGGUAACAGGCUCGUAGAUAACAGUUUUAACUUUUUUAAUGCCAUUAGAGCAUUAGAAUUAGCAUGUGUUUUGUACCUUGUUUUUGACAACCUGCCCUGAGAAUACAACAAAGCCACAAACCUGACAGCAGGUUUCAAGAAUGCUUCAUUCCAAAACUGACAUUCCUCCCCCAAGUCAAAAGACAAUUGGGGCAUAUGGCACAGUCUGAAAAAAAUGUUGGAGGUUGCUGAACUUCAUUUUCCACAUUCCUCAAGAGCCUGUCACAGUACUCUCUAAUGGCAUUAGAAAAGCCCAACGACAUAAAUGAAGUUCAGAGACCGUCUUUGCACAAAAUUGAGUGUCCUUUUUUGAGGGAUCGUUUACAAGAUAUUGUAUUGUAUAUAAAUGCUUCUUUUUCAUUUUAAAUCUAAAUGGAAUUGGUUAUGGAUCAUCUGAGCCAUUGUUGUCCUUCGUUAAAUAUUUCCCUCC